AGCUGGAGGAGAUGUGAAGAGUUUGUUUUUGUUUUAAAAUUAUAACUGAUUGGUUCCUAAACUGUGAAUCGAGUGAAAGUGUUUUUUUGCAGUGCCAUUGCCAUUGAUUGUGAUUUAUUGAUUUUAGACAAAAAGUUUUGAACAUCGUCUAUCAAUCUUACAUACAUAUAUAUAUAUAUCAAAAUAUAUAUGAGGAACCAACGGUAAAGAUGCACGCUCAAGGACAGGGUCAACAGACGCAGCAGCACUCCUCGACACAUUCCCUACUGCAGCAGCCACAAAAUCAUUUAUCUAACAACAAUGCAGUUGGAAAAUCAAAUGAAAAUCCAUCGCUGUCCUCUGUCGGACUGCUGGAGUUGGCGCAUCGUGAAUAUCAAGCUGUAGAUUAUGAGAAUGCGGAAAAGCAUUGUAUGCAGUUAUGGCGACAAGACAGCACCAACACCGGAGUGCUAUUACUCUUAUCAUCAAUUCAUUUUCAAUGUAGACGACUCGAUAAAUCCGCUCAAUUUUCGACUUUGGCAAUAAAACAAAAUCCACUACUUGCAGAAGCAUAUAGCAAUCUAGGAAAUGUUUAUAAGGAGCGAGGACAGCUGCAAGAAGCAUUAGAUAACUAUCGUCGAGCUGUGCGAUUAAAGCCCGACUUUAUCGAUGGAUAUAUUAACUUGGCGGCUGCUUUGGUUGCCGCUCGCGAUAUGGAGUCGGCAGUGCAAGCUUAUAUAACAGCAUUGCAAUAUAAUCCCGACUUGUACUGUGUGCGCAGCGACUUGGGAAACCUGCUUAAAGCUCUAGGACGCUUAGAGGAAGCGAAGGCCUGUUACCUGAAGGCAAUUGAAACCUGCCCAGGGUUUGCCGUCGCAUGGAGCAAUUUGGGCUGUGUGUUUAAUGCGCAAGGCGAAAUCUGGCUAGCUAUUCAUCAUUUUGAAAAAGCUGUAACUCUCGAUCCCAAUUUCUUAGACGCAUAUAUUAACUUAGGAAAUGUGCUUAAAGAGGCCAGAAUUUUCGACAGGGCUGUGGCUGCAUAUUUGCGAGCUCUAAAUCUAUCACCCAACAAUGCUGUGGUUCAUGGCAACCUGGCGUGUGUCUAUUAUGAGCAAGGCCUUAUUGAUUUGGCCAUCGACACAUACCGGCGAGCAAUUGAACUGCAACCUAACUUUCCCGAUGCUUAUUGCAAUCUGGCAAAUGCGCUCAAAGAGAAAGGGCAGGUCAAGGAAGCGGAAGAUUGCUACAAUACAGCUCUGCGACUUUGUGCCAACCAUGCCGACUCACUUAACAAUUUGGCAAACAUUAAGCGUGAACAAGGAUUCAUUGAGGACGCCACGCGUCUUUAUUUAAAAGCUCUUGAAGUGUUUCCCGAUUUUGCUGCGGCACACUCGAAUCUAGCAUCGGUGUUGCAACAACAAGGCAAACUGAAGGAGGCCCUCAUGCAUUACAAGGAAGCAAUUCGCAUUCAGCCCACGUUCGCCGAUGCCUAUUCCAAUAUGGGCAACACUUUAAAGGAAUUGCAGGAUGUCAGUGGUGCACUGCAAUGUUAUACGCGAGCUAUUCAAAUUAAUCCGGCCUUUGCCGACGCGCACAGCAAUUUGGCCAGCAUUCAUAAGGAUUCGGGAAAUAUUCCCGAAGCCAUACAAUCUUAUCGUACAGCACUCAAACUAAAACCAGACUUUCCCGAUGCAUAUUGUAAUCUGGCGCAUUGUUUGCAAAUUGUUUGCGAUUGGACGGAUUAUGAUGUUCGUAUGAAGAAACUUGUGAGCAUUGUAGCAGAGCAAUUGGACAAAAAUCGGUUGCCCUCGGUACAUCCGCAUCACUCAAUGUUAUAUCCAUUGACGCAUGAAUUCCGGCGCGCGAUCGCCGCAAGACACGCAAAUCUCUGCUUGGAAAAGGUGCAUGUGCUGCACAAGCAACCAUAUAUUUUUGCUCGUGAAUUGCCAAGUGACGGUCGCAUUAAGAUUGGCUAUUUAAGCUCUGAUUUUGGUAAUCAUCCUACCUCACAUUUGAUGCAGUCAGUGCCAGGUUUGCAUGAUCGCUCCAAAGUUGAGAUUUUCUGCUACGCCCUCAGUCCUGAUGAUGGUACAACGUUCCGGCAUAAGAUUAGCCGUGAAGCUGAACAUUUUGUUGAUCUUUCCGUCAUGCCCUGCAAUGGGAAAGCUGCUGAUCAGAUCUACAAUGACGGCAUCCACAUUUUAGUGAACAUGAAUGGUUACACCAAGGGCGCACGAAAUGAAAUAUUCGCAUUGAGACCGGCCCCCAUUCAAGUGAUGUGGCUUGGCUAUCCAGGCACAAGUGGUGCUAGUUUUAUGGAUUAUAUUAUCACCGAUGCUGUAACCAGUCCCAUGGAAUUGGCCAAUCAGUACAGCGAGAAGCUUUCGUAUAUGCCUUACACGUACUUCAUUGGCGAUCACAAGCAAAUGUUUCCGCAUCUUAAAGAGCGUAUCAUUGUUUGCGACAAGCAGCAAUCUUCCGUUGUCGAUAAUGUUGCCGUCAUCAAUGCCACGGACUUGUCACCUUUGGUUGAAAACACUGAAGUAAAGGAGAUCAAAGAAGUCGUUGCAAAUGCAAAUAAACCGGUCGAAAUUACCCUUAAAGUGGCGGAGUUGCCAAGCACUACACAGAUUGUGUCAAUGAUAGCUUCUGGUCAAGUGCAAACAUCAUUGAAUGGUGUCGUCGUGCAAAAUGGUUUGGCUACGACUCAGACAAACAAUAAGGCAGCAACGGGAGAGGAGGUUCCACAAAAUAUUGUUAUUACCACACGUCGUCAAUAUAUGCUACCCGAUGACGCUAUAGUUUAUUGUAAUUUUAAUCAACUUUAUAAAAUCGAUCCCCAAACUCUGCAGUCCUGGGUGGUUAUCUUAAAAAAUGUACCGAAAUCUGUGUUGUGGCUGCUUCGGUUUCCAGCGGUUGGCGAGCAAAAUAUUAAAAAGUCUGUCAGCGAUUUGGGUAUUUCUUCUGAUCGAAUUAUAUUCUCAAAUGUGGCCGCCAAAGAAGAACACGUUCGCCGUGGUCAAUUAGCUGAUAUUUGCUUAGAUACUCCUCUGUGCAAUGGCCAUACAACAUCAAUGGACGUUCUAUGGACGGGAACCCCAGUUGUUACCUUACCCGGCGAGACAUUAGCUUCCAGAGUUGCUGCAUCUCAAUUAGCUACGCUUGGUUGUCCAGAAUUGAUAGCGCGCAGCCGAGAUGAAUAUCAAGACAUCGCAAUUCGCUUAGGUACGGAUAGAGAAUAUUUAAAAGCUUUGCGAGCUAAAGUAUGGAAAGCACGAGUCGACAGUCCACUGUUCGACUGUUCACAAUAUGCCAAAGGCUUAGAAAAUCUGUUUUCGCGCAUGUGGAAACGAUUUCAAAGAAAUGAACUACCCGAUCACAUUGCAGCAGAAUAAAGUUUAUAAACUUUGGAAGUGGAGCAAGCAGACUGGGAGAGUUGGAGAACUACGACUGGGGAUGGGGAGGAGAGCGUAUGCCUAUUUAGUUUGAAUUUCUGUGACAUAUAUAUAUAUGUAUGUUUCAUGUAUACCUACAAAAAAUAUUUCUGUAUAAGAAACAAUUAAAGUGUAACUAUUUACACGUAUUCUUAUUUUUGAUCAAUUUAACAUGCUCUCAUAAACAUUUUGACCUUUUAAAAUAAGACGUUACCUUGUAUUAGAAACAAACAAAAAAUAAAUCGCUUAAUAUUGAACACAGCAUCAUCACAUCCUUCAUAU